CCCCCCCCGGCAGUGCGGUCCUGCGCCGCGAACAUGGCGUCGGAGGGGAUGAUCCUGACGAACCACGACCACCAGAUCCGCGUCGGCGUCCUCACAGUGAGUGACAGUUGCUUCAGGAACCUUGCCGAGGAUCGUAGUGGGAUAAACCUUAAAGAUCUGGUCCAAGACCCUUCUUUGUUGGGUGGGACUAUAUCUGCAUACAAGAUAGUGCCAGACGAAAUAGAAGAAAUCAAGGAGACGCUGAUAGAUUGGUGUGAUGAAAAGGAACUUAAUUUGAUUUUAACAACGGGAGGAACAGGGUUUGCACCGCGAGAUGUCACUCCAGAGAAAUUCCCAACAUUCCCAUUAUGUGGGCUCCAGAGAGGGGCCACUAAAGAAGUAAUAGAGCGAGAAGCCCCGGGAAUGGCCCUGGCAAUGCUGAUGGGAUCACUUAAUGUCACACCUCUGGGCAUGCUCUCUAGGCCUGUUUGUGGAAUCAGAGGGAAAACUCUCAUAAUUAAUCUUCCAGGUAGCAAGAAAGGGUCACAGGAAUGCUUUCAGUUCAUACUGCCAGCCCUACCUCACGCCAUUGAUCUUUUGCGCGAUGCCAUUGUAAAAGUGAAGGAGGUACACGAUGAGCUUGAAGAUCUACCUUCACCACCACCUCCCCUUUCUCCUCCUCCAACCACCAGCCCUCACAAGCAGACAGAAGACAAAGGAGUGCAGUGUGAGGAAGAGGAGGAAGAGAAGAAGGAUAGCGGAGUUGCCUCAACAGAGGACAGUUCUUCCUCACAUAUAACAGCAGCAGCCAUUGCAGCUAAGAUUCCAGAUUCCAUCAUCUCUCGUGGUGUUCAGGUUCUCCCACGUGAUACAGCCUCCCUCAGUACUACUCCUUCAGAAUCCCCUCGUGCCCAAGCCACCUCUCGCCUCUCCACUGCAUCCUGCCCAACACCAAAACAAAUUAGACGGCCGGAUGAAAGCAAAGGAGUUGCUAGUAGAGUUGGAUCCCUCAAAGCUCGACUCCCUUCGUGCUCAUCCACCUAUAGUGUUUCUGAGCUCCACUAUAGGUUGGAAGGGCUUAAAGAUGAACUGAGGAGGAAUAGAGGCUACAACUCGAGAGUCCAGUCUAGGUGCAGCAGCAAGGAGAACAUCCUCAGAGCAAGUCACAGUGCUGUUGACAUUACCAAGGUAGCAAGAAGACAUCGCAUGUCUCCAUUCCCAUUGACAUCUAUGGACAAGGCCUUCAUCACAGUCCUGGAGAUGACCCCAGUGCUCGGAACAGAAAUCAUCAAUUACAGAGAUGGAAUGGGGCGAGUCCUUGCUCAAGAUGUAUAUGCAAAAGAUAAUCUGCCACCAUUUCCAGCAUCAGUAAAAGAUGGUUACGCUGUCAGAGCUGCUGAUGGCCCAGGAGAUCGAUUCAUCAUAGGAGAAUCCCAGGCUGGUGAGCAGCCAACACAGACUGUGAUGCCUGGUCAGGUAAUGCGAGUUACAACUGGUGCUCCAAUUCCAUGUGGUGCUGAUGCAGUGGUGCAGGUGGAAGAUACAGAGCUCAUCAGGGAAUCAGAUGAUGGCACUGAAGAACUAGAAGUUCGAAUCCUGGUGCAAGCUCGGCCAGGCCAAGAUAUCAGACCCAUAGGACAUGACAUUAAAAGAGGUGAAUGUGUGCUGGCUAAAGGAACCCACAUGGGUCCAUCUGAGAUUGGUCUCUUAGCAACUGUUGGAGUAACUGAAGUAGAAGUUAACAAGUUUCCAGUGGUUGCAGUCAUGUCAACAGGGAAUGAGCUGCUGAAUCCUGAGGAUGACCUCUUGCCAGGCAAGAUUCGGGACAGUAACCGCUCCACCCUGCUGGCUACAAUCCAGGAGCACGGCUACCCAACAAUCAACCUGGGAAUUGUGGGUGAUAAGAAGCCAGAUGUUUUUAAAGAAGAAGGGACACAGAGCUUCCAGAACACUGCGGAGACAGGCCUGCCAGAUUGCCCAGAUGAUUUACUGAACGCACUGAACGAGGGUAUCAGCCGUGCUGAUGUGAUCAUUACGUCAGGAGGUGUAUCCAUGGGGGAAAAGGACUAUCUUAAACAGGUGCUGGAUAUUGAUCUUCACGCACAGAUUCACUUUGGCAGAGUUUUUAUGAAACCUGGCCUACCAACUACUUUUGCAACUCUGGAUAUUGACGGCGUAAGAAAAAUAAUCUUUGCGCUUCCAGGCAAUCCUGUGUCAGCUGUCGUCACCUGCAACCUCUUUGUUGUUCCUGCGCUGAGGAAAAUGCAGGGUAUCCUGGAUCCUCGGCCCACCAUCAUCAAAGCCAGGUUAUCAUGUGAUGUAAAAUUGGACCCCCGCCCAGAAUAUCAUCGGUGCAUUCUGACUUGGCAUCACCAAGAACCACUACCUUGGGCACAGAGUACAGGGAAUCAGAUGAGCAGUCGUCUGAUGAGUAUGCGCAGUGCCAAUGGACUGUUGAUGCUACCUCCAAAGACAGAGCAGUAUGUGGAGCUUCACAAGGGGGAGGUGGUGGAUGUCAUGGUCAUUGGAAGGCUAUGAUGUCACCAGCAAGAGCGAAGCUUUGAUGCAUGUCCACAUAUCAUUGACUGUAUCCUGUAAUAUGCAACGGCACAGCUAGUUUUUCCGAUUUGGAUAAAAGUUGAUCAGUAUAGUCAACAUCUUGAAAUAUAUUUCAAAUGGAAUUUAAAUAAAUACCUUUUAAAAAAAAAAACUUUAAAACAAAUCUUAACAAAGAAAUUUAUUCUGAUUAUAUCAAAGCAACUUUUUCCUUUUCUUGCAAUUGCUUUGUGUGUUCAAUGCUAGUUCCAAUAGCAGUAGCUUUUAGUAGACAGCAGUAGGUGCCUGCAGAACUUGUGUUUUUUCUCAUCUUUAAGAUACAACUACUUACGCUCUUAAAACAAGGCUGUCUGCUUAUUUAUACUAGCGUAGACAACACUUGGAUUUCCCUUAUUAGUAUGCUUCAUAACCGCUUCACAGAGAGCUUCUGCUUGUUCUUUAUCUUGUAUCUCGUGUUGAUGUGCACAGUGCCAAAAGCAGAGUGGCUGCGCUGGGAACCCAAUGAAGCCCCGAGGUUGUCCCACCUCGCCGCGCAUUCAGGGAUGUCUCUUGUCCCAGCAGCCACCCAGCUCAGUACUCUUGGGCAGUAACUGGAUACCUUUUAUUUCAACAAACAAAAAAAAUUGCUUCCUUAAGUGCUGACAGCCUUUUUAACCAAUACAUUUAAAAAUGUACAGAACUAAAAACUAAAAAAAAUCAAAGACUGAUCUUGUACAGAUAUUAGUGUUACCAGCAUUCGUGUGGAAAUUAAAUGAGCAAAGAAAUAAAACUAAUGUUAAACAACUCUGUACCAUAACAUUUUCUGUAAUGAUAUUGAAACUUAAAUGAAUAAAAAAAAUCCUCAAUCAUUAU